GGUGCUGCGCCGUUGGCCGCCGCUGUCCUCGAGAGAUUUUUUUGUGUCUGCGCGCCGGAGAUUCCCAGCCCGAGGGAUUCGUCCGAGCUUUUCUGUGUUGAUGGUGAGACCAAGUUUAAGAUUUCAUAAGAAGGAAUUUCUGAAGAAGCAAAAUUACACAAAACUACAUGAAGAGAAUUCCAGAAGAGAACAGUUCCCAGGAACUUGAGUUUGGAAGACCUCUGAAGAAGAUGGAAGCUUAAAAAUUUAGGAGGGAAACAGCACUACGAGGGAGAGACUGAAGAGAGGAAAAAGAGACUUAAGGCAAGUGAGAGUCAAGAACAAGCAAAUUCCUUCAGGAGAGGAGCCAGAAAUAUAAAGAAUUUAUUUCAUUUUAAAGAAUUCACACCAGGAUGAACCAGGAGAUAACCUCAAAUCAGAAAAAUUUAGAAGAAAAAUAAGCACACACAUUAUAACUUCAGAUUCCAAAGUCUCUUGCUCUUAGAAUCUAAUUUCAGAGAAGGUGAGACAGUAGAGAGGCAGUGGGGAAACCCUAAAACAGAGACAAUGAAGAGAGAAAGGAAAGGUUUCCGGCAAGUGGCAAUCAAAGGCAAGAAAAACUCUGCCAAAGAAAGAAGCCAGAAAUAUAAACAGUCUGAAAAAAGCUUUUGCCAGAGCUCACAUCUCAUUUCACAACAAAAAAUCCGCAUUGCAGACAGACCCUAUGCUUGUAAAGAGUGUGGAAAAACCUUCAGUCAGAGUGCAAACCUUACUGUGCAUCAAAGAAUCCAUACUGGGGAGAAACCUUUUCUUUGUAAUGAGUGUGGGAAAGGCUUUAGUCAAAGAUCCCACCUUAUUCGACAUCAGAGAAUCCAUACUGGAGAGAAGCCAUAUGAAUGUAAUGAGUGUGGGAAAACCUUUAGUCAGAGCUCAAAUCUGAUUGUACAUCAGGGAAUCCACACUGGGGAGAAAUCUUAUGAAUGUGAUGAAUGUGGGAAAGCCUUCCGUCGGAGUUCAGGUCUUACUGUCCAUCAGAGAAUCCACACAGGGGAGAAACCGUACGAGUGUAAUGAGUGUGGGAAAGCCUUCAGUUGCAGCUCAUACCUCAUUGUACAUCAGAGAAUACAUACUGGGGAAAAACCCUAUCAAUGCAAUGAGUGUGGGAAAGCCUUUAGUCAGAAUUCCCAUCUAAUUCUCCAUCAGGCAACUCAUUCCCGAAAGAAACACCAGAUUCCUCCAUUGGUUACAGCCCACUGUUAAUGGGAUCAAGUAUUCAUAUUGAUUCCUUGUUCUGCAGCCACAAUCUGUACUCAGAUUAACCAUUUCACAAAUGUCUACCUUUGCUCACAACCAAAACUCAAUAAGAAAUUAUAGACAGCUCUAGACAACCCUUAUGUAUGACUGCAAAGGGACAACACAUCACUUUCUAUUUGUAUGUUGAUUUGCAUUUCAGUUCUUUUCACAUCAGAGGUAACUAGCCUAAGUUAGAUUUUAACCACUGAAGCUAGGCACUCGGUCAUCUCCCAUUUUGAAAAUAAAAUGAACACCUUAAUUUAUUACUUGUUUUUGAAAUGUGACAAGUAAUUUUUAAUUCAUAACCAGAUAAGUUUUCUGACUCAUCGAAUAUAAAGCCUUGAUUCAGCCUGAUUAGGUGCCUGAAUCAAGCAAAAAUGAAAUCCAAGUUGAACCCUUUUCCAGACUGUGCUGGAAAUGUAGUUUUCUGAUCAGUAUCUAAAGAGUUGUCCCAUAAAAAAUAUGAAAUUGAUCCAUGAA